AUGAAUCUAGAUAUCUCAGCAGCUCAUGUAUGGGAAGAACUGAAGUCAAAUCAUCUGGCCAAAUAUGGGGCAUUAACUGUGGCUACAGCCAUAAGUUUCAUUCUGCUGAAGAAGUGGAUUGCAGGUGGAGGAUGCUAUAGUUCUGUGCGAUUAGAUGGAAGGACGGUUAUCAUCACUGGUGCCAACACAGGCAUUGGAAAAGAAACAGCAUGCGAUAUGGCUAAGAGAGGAGCAAGAGUUGUGAUGGCUUGUCGAGACUUCAUAAAAGCAGAGAAGGCUGCAGCUGAAAUACAGCGUUCCACAGGAAAUGUGAAUGUGGUGGUGCGGCAAUUAGACUUGGCAUCCUUGAUUUCAGUACGGAAGUUUGUACAUGAAUUCAUUACCACUGAAGACAGACUGGACAUACUUAUCAACAAUGCUGGAGUGAUGAUGUGCCCCCACAGUUUGACAGAGGAUGGGUUUGAAACUCAGUUUGCUGUCAAUCAUUUGGGCCAUUUUCUCCUUACUCUUUUGCUCCUUGAUGUUCUGAAGAGGUCUGCCCCUAGUCGUGUAAUCAAUGUGUCCAGCAUUGCUCACAAAGGAGGAAAGAUUCAUUUUGAUGACCUGAACUUCAAUCAAAAACCAUAUAAUGCUUUGGUCAGCUACAGGCAGAGCAAACUGGCCAACGUGCUCUUUACCCAAGAGCUUUCACGACGGACCAAAAGCUGUAGAGUAACAGCGUAUGCCCUGCAUCCCGGAGUGAUCCGCACCGAGCUGGGCCGCUAUGUGAAGUCACGGCACCCUUUGUUCAGUGCCCUGCUGUUUUUUCCCUCUGUCAUACUGAUGAAGACUCCAAAGGAGGGUGCUCAAACCUCCAUCUACUGCGCUGUCACAGAGGGGCUGGAGAAGUACAGUGGCGGCUACUUUAGUGAUUGCCAGCUGAAAGAGCCAAGUCCAGAGGCUAAAGAUGAUGUCACUGCUAUGAGAUUAUGGGACGUGAGUUCUGAAAUGGUGGGCUUGAAAGAAGAGGACUGAAACCAGCCAGUUUAAUCUUCUGCCAUUAAUCAACACACCAGUGAUCUUCUGCCAUUAAUCAACACACCAGUGAUCUUCUGCCAUUAUCACAUGGACGCAGUGGAUUUAGAGGAGCUUGUGCUAAAUAUUUAUCUACCCUGUGUCUGCUUACAUUAUGAUUUUGCUUUAUAUUUUAAUUACAACAGCUCUGUUGAAUUUUAGAAAUAGCUGGAAACCAAAAUUCAUUAAUUUGCCAGGAAUCUGUCAAACCUCUCUGAAGUAGGCCAUUUAUGAUAUGCUAAUCAUUCAUCUUAUAAUCAUUUUAUAAUAAAUUAUCCUAAUAUAAUUCAAAAUAUAAUAAUUACUCAAAAUAUAACAAUAAAGUAUAAUAUCUAUGUCUACUGCAAUUUGUGGUUAAAAUAAACUUUAUCAGGGUUCACAUGAAUAGGUUAUUGUUAUUUCUUAACUGUUAUUACUGUGUAAUGUGCAGUUGGCGAAUAAAAAUAAUUUUAAAAUAUUAAGUGCCAUCUGCUAGUAUGUAAGACGUGUCAA